UCCGGGCGGUGGGAAGGGGCUGCGCCUGUCCGGUGAGCGAGGCGGGAGCGCAGGUGGCUUUUCAAGGAGCGCGGGGCAUGGCGGCGCUGAAGUUUGCCGGGCUGGACGACACGGACAGCGAGGAGGAGCUGCCGCCCGGCUGGGAGGAGCGCACCACCAAGGACGGCUGGGUCUAUUACGCCAAUCAUCUGGAGGAGAGAACUCAAUGGGAUCAUCCAAAAUCUGGGAAACGGAAAAGAGUUGCUGGAGACUUACCGUAUGGAUGGGAACAGGAGACAGAUGAAAAUGGACAAGUCUAUUUUGUGGAUCAUAUAAACAAGAGGACCACAUACCUGGAUCCCAGAAUGGCAUUCACCGUGGAAGAUAAUCCCAUGAAAACCAACAUGAAGCAGAAAUAUGACGGCAACACUACGGCCAUGGAAGUAUUGGAAGGCCGAGAUUUGAGUGGCAAGGUGAUCAUAAUCACAGGAGCAAAUGCAGGAAUAGGUUUUGAAACGGCAAAAUCUUUUGCCCUCCAUGGUGCCCAUGUCAUUCUAGCCUGCCGAAACACCUCAAGAGCUGAUGAGGCCGUGCGCCAGAUCUUGAAAGAAUGGCACAAAGCCAAGGUAGAAGCUAUCGCCUUGGACCUUGCAUCUCUUCAAAGUGUAUGGGAAUUUGCUGAAACCUUCAAAUCCAAGAAUCUAGGUCUCCACGUGCUAGUUUGCAAUGCUGCUGUUUUUGGUCUUCCAUGGCAAUUAACUGAAGAUGGCUUGGAGACGACCUUCCAGGUGAAUCAUUUGGGACACUUUUAUCUCAUUCAACUUCUCAAAGAUGUUCUUUGCCGCUCAGCUCCUGCAAGAAUUGUAACCGUCUCUUCUGAAUCACACAGGUUCACGGAUAUUAAAGAGAACUCAGGAAAACUUGACUUCAACUUGCUUUCACCAUCAAAGAAAGAUUAUUGGGCUAUGUUGGCCUACAACAGAUCUAAGCUUUGCAAUAUUCUUAUGUCAAAUGAAUUGAAUCGUCGGCUUUCCCCCCAUGGAGUUAUCUCAAAUGCAUUGCAUCCUGGAAACCUGAUCUACUCAUCCAUUCAUCACAACUGGUGGUUGUACACCCUCCUGUUCACACUGGCUCGACCUUUCACCAAGUCACUGCAACAAGGAGCGGCCACCACCGUCUACUGUGCUGUCGCGGCAGAACUGGAAGGCCUGGGAGGGAUGUAUUUCAACAACUGCUGUCGCUGCCUGCCAUCGCAACAGGCGCAGAACGGAACGGAUGCGGCUGCCUUGUGGGACCUCAGCGAGAAGCUGAUCCAGGAAAGAAUUGGCAGGCAGGGCAAGUAAAGGAGGAGAAAGACCAGCACAUGCAGAAUGCAGAGAUUAUAUCCUCUCAGGCACAGAGAGGGAGGGUGGGUGAGCGGGUGGGGUUGGGCGGGGUGUAGGGGAGGUGGAGCGAAAGAAAUGUGCCAAUAUUGGAUUGCUUCCAAUCCUAUCGUCUAGAAGGUUAGAGCUGCAGAUUAGUUUAGCUGUUCGAUGAAAUGGUAGCCAUCACAACCAGCAGA